AUGCCCAAUCUCACUACUGCUGCCGGAUCCCUGACCAACAGCGGUAUGAAAGAAUCACCAACUGGUCAUCCUGGUGCAACUGCACCUGCAACUGCAGGCAACGAUGGGACUUGCAACAACGAAAACCUUGAGAUUGAAAAUUCCAAUGAUAUCUGGGACAAAAGUGUUUCACAUUUCACUUUUGCCAAAGGAAAAUCUCAAGACAAGUCCGUCAAAGACAUCCGGAUGAAUCUCGAGUCAGAAGAUGCUGAAGGAGACAUCUGGGGCCAAACGCCACCCCCUUACGCCUACAAUGAGGACAACCCAGCAGGCCGCAAACUCAUUGCCCAGUUGCAAGACAACUGGAUCAUGAUGGAACAAGAGGCGUCCACCUUAGUCCGCGAAUUAUCUAGCCUGGUCGUUGAACUCGAGCCGGUCCAAUUGAUGGCAGCUGAGAAUGCUAUGUCCAGUAGCAUCGCGUUAGGAUGGCAAAGCAGGAGCUAA